AUGGAUGGCUCUAAGUUAAGCUUAGCGUCUUUGAAAGACAAGAUUUCGAGUAAAAUGAAUUUGCUGAAUAAGAGCAACGAAAAACCCAAGAAGAAGGAGAAUAAGAAAUCCGAGCAAAAGGAAGCUAAACAAGAAUCAGCUAAACCUAAGGAAAACAAAAGAUCAGAACAUAAGGAGUACAAAGCAACGGAUAGAAAAUCAGUCUCAAAGGAACAAACCAAGUCGAAGCAAAUUAAUAAUGAUAAGGAGAAAACAGAAGAAGAUAUUUUAAGAGAAGAAGCUUUUGCACUUGGGGCUACUGAAGAAGACUUAGCAUUGUUGAAAGGUAUCGAAGAUGGUGAAGAUAGUGAACAGGAAUUUGACGGAGAUUCUAAAAGUAUCGAUAAAACAUUUUCCACUGACUUGUCUCAAUUCAUGAAAGGAAUAGGGUUAGGUAAGGGUGAAGCAGUUGUCGUUGAAGACGAUGAAGCUGUUCCUGAAUUAGUAGAUGUAGAGGAAAACGAUGAAGAGGAAGAAGAAGAAGAAGAGGAAGAAGAAGAAGAAGAAGAAGAGGAAGAAGAAGAGGACGAGGAAGAAGAAGAAGAAUCUAGUGAUAGUUCUUCUGAGUCUGAAUCUGAAGUUCAAGAAAAGGAAAUGAACAAGAAAGAACUCGCAAGUAAAUCAAAAGAAGGUGUAAAAGAUAAAUCAAGAAGAGAUCCAGAUAAAAUCACCGAUCUUUCUUCGGUAAGCAGCAACAACUUGAUUGUUCCAAGUAGAACUGACUGGUAUAAUACCCCAUUGGAAAGAAUUGAUGAGCCAGAAAAAUUGGACAGAUUUGGUGUUGAAAGAUUGUAUGAAAGAGCUAAGACAGUUGUUGAGAAGGAUAAUAAAACUUACUUAGAAGAAUUCACUUCGAAUAACUCCCAGAAAAAGUUUUUAUCUCAGAUUUUGGCAGAUGGUACAUUAAAUGAUAAAAUUUCAGCCUUAACAUUAUUAAUUCAGGAAGCUCCAUUGCAUAAUAUGAAAGCAUUUGAUACUUUAUUGGGUUACUGUAGUAAAAAGUCACGUACUGCUGCUUUGCAAUCAAUUAAUGCCUUGAAGGAUUUAUUAUUGAACGGUGUUUUACCUGACAGAAAAUUAGUCGCAUUUAACAAACAACCUUUAACCAAGAAUUUAUCAGAUGUUCAGGUGGCCAUUUAUUACUUUGAAGAUUAUUUAAAGAAAUCCUAUUUCAAGUUAAUUUCUACUUUAGAGGUUUUGUCUCAUGAUCCAAUUAUACAUGUAAGAAUGAAUGUCGUGAGCCAUUUAUUUGAUUUGAUUAAAGCAAAGCCAGAACAAGAAGUCAAUUUGUUGAGAUUAGGUGUAAACAAACUAGGUGAUAUUGACAAUAAGGUUUCCUCCAAGACUUCUUACCAAAUAUUACAAUUAGAACAAACUCAUCCAGCCAUGAAAAAGGUUGUUACUGAUUCUGUUGUUGAUAUAAUUUUUAAAAGUAACAGUGAUUACCAUGCACAAUACUACUCUAUUGUCACUCUCAAUCAAACAAUUUUGACUAGACGUGAAGAUGAAUUAGCUAAUACUUUGGUCAGAACUUAUUUCGCCUUAUUCGAAAAAAUUUUAGUUGAAACUGACCAUCAUAAUGCUGAAACUAACAAGGAAGACAAAGCUCUCGGUAAAUCCGAGAAGGGUAGAAAGAAUAACCGUAAGAACUUUAAGAAAGGUAAGAAAGGGGGAAAAUCGGUAAAGAAUCAAGAAAAGUCUGAAAAUGAGAUCAUUGAAGAUAAAAACACCAGAUUAUUCUCAGCUUUGUUGACAGGUUUAAAUCGUGCAUUUCCAUUUUCAAGCUUACCAAAUGAAACUUAUCAAAAACAUUUAGACACUUUAUUCAAGAUUACGCAUUCCUCAAAUUUCAAUACGUCUAUUCAAGCGUUGGUGUUGGUUAACCACAUCAUAACAAGUCAAAAAUUGGAUUCGGAUAGAUACUACCGUACAUUGUAUGAAUCCUUGUUAGACCCUCGUUUAGUCACAACAUCCAAACAAGGUAUCUACUUGAACUUGUUGUAUAAGUCUUUAAAAAAUGAUACUGAAAAUGUCCCAAGAGUCUUAGCAUUUGUUAAGAGAAUUUUACAAAUAUGUUCGCAUUGGUUACACGUCGGUGCUAUUACCGGUAUGUUGUUUUUGUUAAUGCAAUUAUCUAAAACAUAUCCACAAAUUCAAGAUUUAUCGAUUGACUUUGCAUCAAGACCAGAUGAGGAUGAUUUUGAAAAUGAGGAAGCCAAUAAUGCAGACCGUACUUACGACAGUCGUAAGCGUGAUCCUAAAUUUGCAAACGCUGAUAAAUCAUCAUUAUGGGAAAUAGGACAAUUUUUAACACAUUACCAUCCAACCGUUGCCAUAUACGCUGCUUCUCUUUUGGAUGGAAAUGACCAACCAAAACCAGAUUUAGGUUUAUUCACAUUAUCCCAUUUCUUGGACAGAUUUGUCUACAGGAAUUCAAAGCUGAAGCCAAUGACCAAAGGUUCAUCCAUUAUGCAACCUUUAGGUGGUGCUCACACUGGUUCAUUAUUGGUAAAGGCCACCAAUGUUGCAAACAAUGAGAUUCCAGCAAACACUGAAAACUGGUUGAAUAAGAAGGUCGAAAACAUCCAACCCGAUGAAAAGUUCUUCCACCAGUACUUCACUACUAAAGUCAGCAAGUUGAAAAACAAAGAAUCAAAGAAGGAAGGAGAAGAAGAAAUUGAAAAUGAAGAAGAAGCAGCGGAAAUGGAAGACGAUGAAAUUUGGAAAGCCUUGGUCAAGUCUAGACCAGAAGUCGAAGAAGCGUCCGACGAGGAUGACUUUUCUGAUUUUGAUGCUGAUGACUUCUCUGACAUGAGCGAUGAUGAGGAAACAGCCGAAGCUGAAGGUGAAGAUGCUGCUCUUGAAGGUGAGGAGCAAGAAAUAGAAGACGAACCACAAACUGUCGCAGCUGACGAAUCGGACGGUGAAGAGAAUGACGAGGAAAGCGCAAUGUUUGCUAUAAAUGAUGAGGAUGAAUACGACAGUGAUGAGGCUCCAAAGAUGUUAGGUGAAGAUGAUUUGUCGUCCGCAGAAUCAGAACCAGAGUCAGACCAAGGCUCCAAGAAGCGUAAAGCUUCUGACGAGAAGAGUGCCAAAUCCAAAAGAUCUAAACUUAAAAGUUUACCUAUUUUCGCCUCGGUGGACGAUUACUCCCAAUAUUUGGAUUCUGAAGAUGAAGACUAUUCCUAA